GACCCCUGCACUGCCUACCACUGGACAACCCAUAGUAAAAUCCUGCAUUAUCAACGCCGAGCUCAUAACUUUUAAAUUUUAUGAAAAAAGCCGGCCGAUCAUUCGGCGCAAUUCGGCGGGCGCCAAACAAACAUGUGAAAGUUGGUAAUGCUGGGCACGAGUUAUCUCAAUUGGUCGACUGCCGUAGCUGGUCGUAGUCAAGCAAACUUAGGUUCAUCCCUUUGUCUUGUAAUCCAGCCGUUAUUUUUCAACUCGCGAGCACCCUGUCUAAGCUAUAAGUAUCGGAAAUUCUAAGAUUUCAAUGUAUUCCUUUUUCUAACUUCACCAUUUGUUCAAUUUUGAUCAAAAAACGUUUCAAACUUUUGAGAAAUUAAAGUCAAUGGUAUACGAAAAGUCAAUUGUUUUUUGUGAAGAGUUUGAUAACUGUUCAGAAAAAUCACGAAAUCAAGAUCUUUGCUUUGCAAUCAUGAAGAUGGACAACUUAUUUAUGCCAACUUUAACAAAUUCGUAUUUUCCAUAUAAUCAAAGUCUCGAGGACGAACUGAAACGAUUGUUCACUGAAUUUGCUAUCAGCAGGGAAUCUACCAGACCAAGCGCGGAAGAAGUAAUGAAAGAAUUUCGCCAUAAUGGUCAAGAUUAUGAGUACUGUCCAGAGUUGGAGAAUCCUGAAUCUUCACCGAUGACUGUUCGCCGCAAGAAAAAAAAGUUCCCCGUUGAAUGUGUUUUCUGCAAAAACAACGGAGAAGAAUCUACUUACUACAAGUGCCAUGUUCUCAGAGAUGCAGAUGGAAUUGUCCGUUGCCCUGUGCUGAGAGCUUAUACUUGUCCAAUCUGUGGAGUCAAAGGUGACCACGCUCACACAAUUAAAUACUGCCCAGGAAACAAAAAUGAUGAAGUUGUUAGCUUCAACUCGGUGAAAUCAUUACGCAACUCAAUUGGCAAACGGCGCUCGAAAUAAAUUUAGUUGAGCAAACCAAGAUUAUGUUGUUUUUUGGAUGGCUUUACAAAAUGGAUCACGAUAUUGAAAGUUUACCGGCACAACUUUCGUUGUACAAAUAUAAUUUUUUUACGUUUUUCUUCCUUAGUCUAUUCUAAAAGAUUUGAAAAAAACAGAGAAAUAAUUUUUGUUUUUUAUUUUGGCAUAAAAUUUAUAAUCAUAAAAGUAAAUUCAUAUAUCCUUACAUGCUUGCAUCGCCGUAAGAAUAUUAUGCAUUUACCUUCAUUGGUUUAAAUUAACAGAUUUAGCUAUUGUUUAAUGACUUGGGAAUGUUUCAAAUAUUCUAUUAAUAUUUUAACAAUUUCGUUUCGUUACAAAAUUUCAAAAUCAUGAAAGUAGAUUAAUAUCUUCUAUAUUUUUGCAUCUUCAUAAGAAUAUUAUAGAUUUACUUUCAUUUAGUUGAGUCGACAAAUUUUUGGUCUAACGUAAAUUGACUAAGAUUUACAGUUGUAAAUAGAUUAACAUUUAAAUGUUUUAGUUUUCUUACGAAAUUUCGAAAUCAUGAAUCAAAGAUCAUAAAUUUCAUUAUGUUUUUUUCUAUAGAAGUGUGAUACUUGUGACAUGUGAAGUAUUUAGAAAAUACAAUAACUAAGAUUGAGCAACUACGCAAUUAAGAAACUCAUGCAUGGAAUCAUUUUUUCAAAGUUUCUUAAAAUAUCGUCAAAACCAAUCAUAUUAAUUAAUUUUGAACUAUAUUAGAACAUUUAUAAACUUUGAAUUAAAAUUGAAACAUUUAUAAAAAUUGAAUUCCAUCAAGAUUUCUUUUUUAUGUAACUGCUUUUUUGAAAAAUUAACAAUUUCAAACCUCUUAUUUUCUUCAAAUUCAUUUGGUUUGGCUCAAAUUAUAUAUUCGAACUUUCCUUUGAACAAAAAAGUUCAAGAAUUACUAAAAAAUUUGAAUAUACACGAAUAACGAACUACAAUCAUAAAUUUAGUAUGAUGUAUUAUGCAACUUAUUGAUAGGAAAAUUCAUUAUUGAAUACAAUUUGACGAAAAAAAAAAAAAAAAAUAUCGAUAAUGCUUAAUUUUUUUUUGUAAUAAUGUAGUGUAAUUUUAGAUAAGCAACGAGGUAAUGAAAUUCUUUUCAUAGUCUAGUGAAUUCCGAAGACAAACUCGCUAUUUAAAUCCUUUUUCUUGUUUUGUUCUAACGAUGAUAAAAUUAAUAUGAUGCAUAAAAUAUGUAAGUUUUUCUAAAAUACAAAAUAUCAAAAAAUAUUACUUUAUUUAUUUUCCCUUAAGUUUUUUGAAAAUUACUGUGGCGCACCAUCAUAUAUUACCAUCUCGCUACAACCUCAACAAAAAUCUAGUGACAUCGGUUGGGGGUUUUUUUUUUUAUAAAUACCGGUUUUCGAGAAAAAAAAUUAAGUAUCAGAAUUUUUGUUUUUAAUUUUAUAGUUUUUUUUUU